AUGUCGACCGAUGCUCGUAUCGUCCCCGCUCCUGACGUGGAAAAGCUGAUGGACUUUCUGGUGCAAACGACAGGAAACGCCACCGAACCGGUGGUGGGAAAGACGAUUUUUGAGAGCUUCCGAGAUUCGGACAAGACAUUGACAUGGAAAGGAUAUUCGCAGAGGUUCGAUAGAAGAAUCGCACGGCAUAUGGACAAAUUCACGCGAUACGGUGUCUAAUCUCGAAUUCGUGUAAUGUUUGCUCUGGCCGGUGAAGUCAAUGCGGAAUUUCUCGAACAAAUGGAAGAAACUGGCAAGGUCAGUCUCGAUGACAAAAAUCGAAUCACCGAAUACAUCUCGAGAGAUUGAGCAAUCGUAUUGAAAGGAGAUCAUAGUGUGCCGGCGAAGGCAAGAAGAUCAUUAAAAAGAAGACGUGAUAGAGAAGGAACAUCAGCUCCAAUUGCAGAAGACAUGUCGGAUGACGAGAUGGAAGUUGUGGGAUCGGUUCCUGGUGUGCCAAAACCGGAACCAGUUGAUCGAACCGCCUACGACGAACUUCUCAACAGACACAGGUCGCGCAAUCCGGAAAUCCAACAGGCUCCACCAGUGAUCGCAGAGGCCCGCAAUCUUGCAAAUCCCGGAUUUGAUGAGCCAGAGAGAAAGGAGAAUGUGCAGCUGAUGAACGUGCAGAUGGUCGGUGCUACAACUAAUGGAUCAAACUCGGAUGGAAUCAGCCUGCAUCAGCUGGUGAAACAAUUGGAGGAAAUGCUCAUCUACCUUGAAAGUGAUUUCACUGGCUUAAAAGUCAAAAUUUUGCGUUUGUUGGCAAUCAGAGAUGAGCAACUCGAUGCACAAGACGUGAUCCUGUCCUUGAAGUUGUUCCUCCUUACAACUACACGAAAAUUCCGAUUGUCCACCGAAUCCAGUGGCUACCCGGACUCAUCGAAAAAGUGUGGCAAGGCGUUCUUGACGAUUCUCAAAUUUGUUCUGCUCAAAUUGGAGUCUCCACUCAUUAACGAUUUUCGAAAGGAAAUCGACAAUAAGAUUAAGAAUUUUGGAGCCGCUGAAAAGGUUAUCCUCAUCGUCGAUGCCCAGGAAGCGAUCCAGCAAAUUCUCAUCACAUUCUCCAGCUCCUGAUG